UACAACUCAGUGUAUGUUGAUAAAGCAUCUUUUCUGGUUCUUGAUUCCCUUUAUUACAUAUAUCCUCUCAUGAACGAACAAGAUACCUGUGUUUCUCUCAUCAACUCUACUGUAUGUUCAGCAUUUGCUCCAUUCUAUAUUGGUCUCCCGGGACUAGGUCAGGAGUUUCCUUUCUUGCUAAACAUCACCACCAUUGAAGAAUUCGACCGACGAUUACUUGAGUAUGUCAACAGCACAAGCGACUAUUUAUUUCCUCUCGGUUGUCUUAGUUCCAACUACAACCCUACGAUCCCUUAUGCUCGUUAUUCACUCACUCGACUAUGUGCAGGCAUGAUUCAGAACCCAGCUUAUUCCUUGCCUUGCAAUUUUAAUCAACAUUUGACGCCACCUCCACUCUGCAAAAGUACCUGUCUCGCCUGGAUCAAGAGUAUCACAGAUAUCACAGCUAACCCAAGCGUGUGUUCUGACUCAAUACAGAGGAAUGAUUCCCUGCUUAAUUUUAUGGAUCAGUGUGAUUCAUGGGAAGGAUACAAUGGUACAAUUCAACAAAAUUGUAUUUCGGGUAUAGCCAAUGAACCUUAUUCCUGUGGUAAUGUCAUGCUAUGGAUCAGAUAGAUAGUAGACUAAACAAUGUGUGUAUAUAUAUAUAUAUAUAUAUAUAUAUAUAUA